UCGUCCUUCUCUUUCCCGCAUCUCUCGACUCCAUUACUCUUCUCUCUCCCCUCUUCUGUUUCCGAUCCGAUCUGCGGUGCGUCUCGCGCGCGGCCGCCGACGAGCCCCCGCGGCCCCGCCUCCUCCUCGCCGCGGCCGCCCGAGCCUCUCCCCGGCCCCUCGCGCGCACGGCCGGCCGGCGAGCAGGCUCGGAGAGAGAGGCGACGACCUCCCACUUCGAAUCGAAUCGAAGAUUGGGAAUCCGUUCGGUUUGUUAGCUUGGGGGAUUUGGAUAAUUGGAUUGGGUUGUUGUUCUCGUUUUGAGGUUGAUGCGGCGGUGGGGAUAUACGUUGAAUCGGAGGCAACCUGUUUGAUGAAAUGUCACUGAAGCUCCCGAUCCCGCAAGGGCUCUCCUUCCUGAGAAGCGUCGGGUGGUUCGAGGAGAGGAAGGCCGAUGCCGCGGCGGCCAGGCAGCGGCACUCCCCGAGAUUGAAGCUCCAGACGGACAGGGAGGUGUACAGACCCGGUGAUUCGGUCACCGCGACUAUAGAGAUCUGCACCCCAGCUGGGUUGAAGGAUGACGCGGCGUCGGCGGAGACCGGUGAGGAUGCCCCCUCGCUCUUGGUGGAUGGGCUCUCGUUCGAGAUCAAAGGGAUUGAGAAGUUGGAUAGCCAGUGGUUCUCUGUUUCAAAGCCCUUACCAGGGUCUAAGCAAAGGAGAGGUGAACAUUUGUUUCUGGAUUGUUCGGCACCCUCGCUAAUCCCUAAAGUUAUAAUUGCUUCGGGGCAAACAAAAACAUACAUUGUACGUGUGGAGCUCCCGAAGAUUUUACCACCAUCAUAUAGGGGUAUAAGUGUCCGCUAUAUUUAUUAUGUUAAAAGUAUAUUGUUUGGAAGAUCGAUUGUAUUGGGUAAUGGAGAUCAAAAUAUUGCCCCUGUAAAUACCGCAGUUCAAUUGGAAGCUCGAGUCCCAUUGCAGAUAUGUGUUUCACAGAAAAGUAGCAACCUACUAAAUGAAGAAGUGAACUUUCCACUCCCAAUUGAGCAACCGGAUAUAUUUUGGAGGGAAAAGGACGAAGAUUCAGAAUGGAGCAAAGCAAAUGAUAAUACUGAUUUAGAAGAAGGAUAUGAUAGUUCAAAGGAUGAAGUUUCAUCUGUUUCCUCCUACAACAAAGCAAAUCCAGAAAGCUCCCUCAGGAGCUCAGUGUCGAUGCACUCCCUGUCAUCACGUCUUUCCACUAGUGAACCAUUGUAUUCUAGAGAACGCCCCAGUUUCCCAUCUUAUAGUCCAAUUCCUCGACUAUCAGUAUCAGAGAUUUCAGAUGAUCAUGGUGGAGGUGUGGUGUCACCUCAAAGGAAGCUAAAUCAUUUGCUGUCAGAUCAUCAUCCAUCAAAUGGACAGAUGUUUUCUCUAGAUCCUGACCGCUCAAAUGAUGAUGCUGGACCACCUCUCACACCAAAAUAUGUUGAACCAGCUGGAUCAGAAGGCUUUAUGAGAGGAAGAUCGUACAACAUAAGAAUAGAUGACCAAGUGUUGCUUCGCUUCUCACCAAAGAAUUCUGACUCAACUUAUUACUUUGGUGAUAUGAUUGGUGGAGCACUCACCUUCUUUCAUGGAUCUGGAACACGAAGAUGCCUAGAGGUAUCUGUUACCUUGGAAACAUCAGAAACGGUUAAUCCUCGUGUAAUACAUCCUUCGAGAAGGAGCUCACCCUCAAUAACCAAGGUACACAGUGAGCACUAUGAAGUUGUUGCGGAUCUUCACCAGACAAGCUUUCUCUUUUCAGUUCCAAUUGAUGGACCAAUGUCAUUUUCCACUUCAAAAGUUUCUGUGCAAUGGUCUCUUCGAUUUGAGUUCUUCACAACUCCCGAAGGAAUUGAUUCAUCUAGGUAUGAACAUCCACUUCUCGUCGAGAAAAGAGAGAAGGGUGACUGGGUGCUUCCAAUAACUGUUUAUGCACCUCCAUUGCGUAGGCAAGCAAUUCAUGGAAGAAAUGAUAGAUCUGUCUUAGUUGGGAACCUUUUCAACUCUUGAAGAUGUGCAUACAAGGUUCUGCUGUUCUUUUCAAAACCCCUACCAGUUUUGCUUCCGAUGAGCUUCGACGAGUAUUCUCUGUAGUUCACUUUGCACAGCUGGCCAGUUCCAUACCUCUAAAAUACAUGGGAGAUCCGGAACACAUAAAGCGAGAACAAACUUGUGUUAGAUCAAGUGUGCAAAUCACAGAGUUCGUCACCUGAGAACAGGCAGCUGUGCCUUGAUGUAACAUCGGCACUGCUUGAUUACCUUGAUGUACUAUAGGCAUUCCUUUGAUAGAGGGACAAAACUUUUGGGGUGCUUGAUUAGCUGUUAUACCCCUUUUCAUUCGGUAUGUGUAUACGUGAGACAUCUGCCUUGUAAUUCAAUUCUUUUGUGGAAACCAAACAUAUAGCAGUACGCUGGUUGUCCAGAAUCCAGAUUACACACGUCCUGUUUCUGAGACUA